UGAUCAAGCAGUGUAAUUUUAUACAUUACUGAAUCAGUGCAGGAGAAACCUGGAGGGACAAAGCAUCAUCUUCUCUUUGGACUGCACUGUAAAAUCCUACAGCUCUCUUAUCCCAGCCAUGCUCUGAUACGUUUUUUCUCUCCUUUUUCUGAUUUUGGUGUGAAUGAUAAGUGAUCUGAUGAUGGCUCUCGUUAUGGAACCUAUUAGCAAGUGGAUGCCCAAGCAAGUAGUGGAUUGGAUGAAAGGCCUUGAUGAUUGCCUCCAACAAUACAUAAAAAAUUUUGAAAGAGAAAAGAUCAAUGGUGAACAGCUGCUACACAUCACUCACCAAGAGCUUGAGGAACUGGGAGUUACUCGCAUUGGCCACCAAGAACUGAUACUGGAAGCAGUUGAUCUGCUUUGUGCAUUGAACUAUGGUUUGGAGACUGAAAACCUGAGAACUCUCUCUCACAAGCUGAAUGCCUCGGCUAAAAACCUUCAGAAUUUUAUAACGGGUAGAAGGAGGAGUGGCCAUUAUGAUGGCAGGGCCUCCAGACGACUGCCAAAUGAUUUUCUUACCUCUGUAGUUGACCUGAUUGGUGCUGCCAAGAACUUACUAGCCUGGCUGGACAGGUCUCCAUUUGUCAGUGUGACAGAAUACUCACUGCUGAAAAACAACAUUGUUCAACUGUGCCUGGAACUAACAACCAUUGUACAACAGGAUUGUACGGUGUAUGAAACAGAAAACAAAAUUCUUCACGUGUGUAAAACCUUGUCUGGAAUUUGUGACCACAUCAUUUCACUCUCAUCUGAUUCUCUGGUGUCACAGUCAGCACAUCUAGAGGUAGUUCAUCUCACCAGCAUUAUGCCCAGUGAAGGUUUGGGGAUGUAUAUCAAAUCAACAUACGAUGGGCUGCAUGUAAUCACAGGAACAACUGAAAAUUCUCCUGCUGACCAGUGUAAGAAAAUCCAUGCUGGUGAUGAGGUGAUUCAAGUCAAUCAUCAAACUGUGGUUGGCUGGCAGUUAAAGAACCUGGUAAAUGCAUUGCGGGAAGACCCAAAUGGUGUGAUUUUAACCUUGAAAAAACGUCCUCAGAAUACCCUGGUUUCUGCUCCUGCCCUUUUGAAGAAUGUCAGAUGGAAACCUCUUGCACUUCAGCCUGUAAUUCCAACCAGCCCAACAAGCAGUUCCACCACACCAACAAGUACAAUGGGCAUGUCCUCCAAAAUGGAAAACUCAGCACUGCAGGAUGUUUACAUUCUUUCUUCAAUGUCAGGACUUUAUGGCCCCAGGGAUGAAAUUGGCAUAAUGUCUUGUGAUGACAUCAGCAAAUUUGGAAAAUCUGCAAUGAAAGGCUCUGAGUCUCCAAAUUAUUUUCUUGAGCAUGAAAGUGGUAAAUACUACACGUUAAUUGAAGGUGAAGGCCACCCUGUAGGCUCUGAAUAUGAGAGAAGCAGAGCUGCAGGGGUGCGGAGAAGAGAAAAAACACCCACUCACGGUGAUUUAAGACCUGUUUCAAUGCCUACUGACUACAGUUGGAUAGGGGAAUCAAAGGAACAAAACAUAUACAAGAGAGGAAGCCGUGACUCUGAGAAUUCACUUCUGCGGUACCUGAGUGAUGAUAAGAUAUUGGUUAUCCAAGAAGAGCCUUUGACACAGAAAGACAGCAAAAGGGACACAGGUCGUAGGUCAAGAAAAAAAGGCAAAAGUGCAAGCAGUCCAAACUACCCUAUUAGUCCAUCUGUGUUGACAUCUACUGUUAAUGUUAGGCUUGAACCAGGACAGCAAGAAAUCUUGAAUUUCGCACUAGCAGAAAAUAAUACUGUUCCACUUUACCACAGAGCAGGGGACACAGUCAGUGGAGAUACUGAAAGAUAUGCUAGUUCUGCCAUUGACCGUCAAGGAAGUACAUCCAUGAGGAAGUCAUUCCAUUACGCUUCUCUCAGGGUAAAAUCCAGAAAAUGGUCAAAAGGGAGCUCUCUGACGAGUGGAAGCAGAAGACGAAUUUCCUGCAAAGAUUUGGGGCAUGGAGAUUGUGAAGGCUGGCUGUGGAAGAAAAAGGAUGCCAAAGGUUACUUCACACAGAAAUGGAAAAAGUACUGGUUUAUUUUGAAGGAUUCUUCCUUGUACUGGUACACAAACCAGAAUGAUGAAAAAGCAGAAGGAUUCAUUAGCUUGCCUGAGUUCAGGAUAGACAGAGCAAUUGAAUGCAGAAAAAAACAUGCAUUCAAAGCGUGUCACCCCAAAAUAAAGAGUUUCUACUUUGCAACAGACUGUCUUGAAGAAAUGAAUAGAUGGAUGAAUCGUCUGGGUCUCGCAGCAAUUGGUUACACACCUGAUGACAAGGAUAUUCAUCCUGAUGAAGCAGAUUACUGGAGUGAAAGCGACCAGGAUGAUGUUGAUGGCUCUUUAACCCUGAAGCAGGAAGGCUCCUCAACACUGUGUGACACCUAUCACCGAACACCUUCAGUGACUUCAUCAAGUCCAUUCCCUGAAGCCAAACAUGGACGACACUUCUCAAGUGAAUCAACAUAUUCCCAUUCUUCUGCUGAAGAUUCUCGACAAGAGGUCGCAGGAAGCACACAUUCAUCAGGAUGCAGACCUCCCUACCGAGAAAGACGCUCGUGGCAGGAUCUGAUAGAGACUCCAUUAACCAGUUCAGGGCUCCAUUUUCUCCAAACUGUUCCUCCUGAUCCAGAAUAUGUGAGCGGUCAGCCUGGGAUGUCACCAGAAAGACGAAGACAGGCAACAUUGCCAGUACAAAAGCGUCAUAAUUAUGAACAGGAUGGGCCUUUCCCUUUAGUGGAAUGUCAGAGAGGACAUGGCUCUCAUAGCAGGCCACAGAAGCAACGCAGUCAAAGCCUUCCACGAAAUAGAGAUGUCAGGGGUAAGGGGCGUGUGAAGUCCAUAGAAGGAACAGAGGACAACUUGGAAGAGAAAAUUCCUAUUAGAAGGCAUAAUAGUUUUUGUGCAGAAGAAGUCAUAAAAGACACUGGAGAAAAGUUAGAUGGUCUACAAGAGCUUUAUAAGUCUCUGGAAGAAGCUAGUUUGUCAGCUUUUGGAGAACAGCGUCCUUCCACCAAGCAGGAGUUCCGCAAGUCUUUUGUGAAGCGAUGUAAUGAUCCAGUUAUCAAUGAAAAGCUUCACCACAUCAGAGUACUCAAGAGCACUUUAAAAGCAAAGGAAGGGGACCUCACAGUUAUCAACAGCCUUCUGGAUGAUCCCAACUUGACAUCAAAGAAGUUUAAAGAUUGGAAACUAAAGAACUAUGAGUUCUUCCUGGACAUUUGUGAGUACAGUGCUGCUCUGAAAUCUCAAAAUGGAGCCUCUGAACUUGCAACCUCAGCACCAAUGCUGACACAUACACAUUCAUUCAUUGAAACUCACGUCUGACAGGACUCGUAUCAUGAAUAAUUGCUGGGUGCCAUGAAAAAUCAGUAAGACAAACACUGUAAUAUUUAUAAAUAAUGUGCUCAGCAGUACUGUAAAUAAGUUGGAUAAGAGAAUAGUGCCACAGGAUGCCUACUACAUUGCAUGAUAAGACAAUAAUAUUCUUUAUUAUUUUUUUUUGUUUGCUGUUAUCAACCAAUGUCCGUAUAAAGCUCUGCAUUAGAAAGAAGCCGUGCAGAAGUGUAACUGAAAACAAGCACCAGUAUAUUUAAAGUACUGUACUAAAAUCAAGCUUCUAGUAUGAGCUCCUGCAAUCAUUUUAUAUAUUUAGAUAUAUUUAAAUAUAUCUAUGUAUAUAAAAUGUAACACAAUAGUUGGUGUUUACUUUUUAAAUGCUCUACAGUUCACAUUUUCAUGUUUUUCUUGAGAAAAAUAUAAAAUGAAAACAUAAAGACAUUGGACAGUCUUAGAGAUGAACAAUUAUUUUUGCUACAUUUCCAAGUAGUGACCAUCUUUGCAAAUAAAAGGACAGAUUUAUCAAAAUGUAAACUCAAUCCCUAUAGUGUGCCUUAAAAUGUACACUGUACAUCUAGCAAAUAGAUCCCAAUCUGGCCCUAUGGGCAUACAGUAUGGGCCAUUUAGAUACUGUGUUUGUAAAAUACUGUGCCUGCCUUUAAAAUGAAUGAAUAUAAGUGUGUAGGUGUGGCACAGAAGUUAAGAUAUGAGUAGAACAAUAUUGGUUGUUCACUAAUGCUGCAACUUACGCUGCUUUUAACAUAAUUUGAAAUAUUUCAUGGUGAAAGAAAAACAUCUGCACUGAAUAUGGCACAUUCUGCAGGUUUUCACAGUUACUUCACUGUGAAUUUAAGUGACGCAUGCCUGUGAGUCACACAAUUCAAAAACCUGUGAUGCUAAGGAUAGCUAUUAAGUAAAAGAAAUCAAAAACUAAACCAAUCAAUUGGAUUCUGCAAUAGACUGGCAGCUGAAGUGGAGUAAAUUAUUCAAAAUUAUAAUAAUGUCUGGCAAUAAUUUUUAACUGUUUGUAGUACAUCAGCAAGCAGGUGAAGUUGUUCAUUACGUCACUUGAAAAAACCAGUCCGUAUUGAUUGGUUUUGUAAAGACACACAGGUCACAUCAUGUAUUUCACUUCCUUGCUUAGAUCAGAAUGAAUCAGAGCUUGGAGAAAAUACUUAAAUUCUUGAAAAAAAGAUUGCUCUGAAUGUUACUGAACAUAAGUUUCCAAUGCAGAUUCACAGUUUUCUUUGACUAUGCUUGCUUGAAUAUUUCUAGAAAGCAGGACAAAGAAGAUGUGAAUUCAGUUGAUGUCAUUUUACUUAAACACAGAUACUCACUGAUAAUUUUCCACUAUAUAAACCUGUCUCUCAUAUACCAAGAACUGUAAAAUUCAUACAAUUCAAUACAACAUAGGAAAAAAUGUUAUCUCAAAGAGGUUCUAGUGUCUGGAAAGAGAUUUAGUAUUGACAGAUACUUAAAGAUGUAAAAAUGGGUAGAGGUAUUCUGUUUGUUUAGGACAGUGUCCAUCAAGUUAACAGGGAGAAAAGCUUGUGGGCCAGAAUAAAGACAGAAAGAUCACUCAGCAUUUAUAGACUCAGCCUGUGGAAAACUACUUAAAUUAAUUGUUCAUUAAAAUUAGAGCAAGAUACUGAGCAGCAAAGACAAAAUUAAAACCACCUUCCCCCACACUGUCCCCCUUCUACACAGGCUCAACUUUCCUUUCCUGGCUCUUCUGUCUCCUCCCACUCUGCUCAUCAUGAGGAUGGGGAAUGGAAGGCUGUGGUCAGUCUAUAACAUUCCAUCCCUGCCACUCUUUCUGCCUCACCCUGUAUUCCUCUGCUCCAGCAUGGUGCCACUCCCAAAGAUACUGUCCUUGAUCAGCCUCCAGUAUGGGUCCUUCCCAUGGGCUGCAGUUCUUCAGAACUACUCCAGGAUGAGUCCAUUCUGUGAGAUGCAGUCCUUCAGGAGCUCACUGCUCCUGCUUGUUUCCUCCAGGCUCCUUUGUGGGCCCCCCACAGGUUGCAUCCUUCAUCAAGGCACAUCCAUCCACUGCUCCCAGCGCUCCUCCACAGGAUGCACGAGGAUCUUUGCUCUGGUGCCUGAGAACAUCCCCUUGCUCUUCCUCCUCUGGUCUUGGUAUCCGCAGAUUUGUCUCUUUGAUUUUUCUCAUUCUCGGCGCACAGCAUUUUUUGUCCUGUCUUAAAUAUGUUACCUGCUGUGCUGAUGGUUGAGCUUUGGCCAGCGGUGGGGCUUUUCUGCGGGAUGGCAAAAAGGCUCUGUCCUACAUGAGGACAGCCCCUUGCUCUGUUCUCACACAGCCACUACUGCAGCCCUUCUGCUACCAAAACCUUGCCCUGUCAAUUCAGUAUAGCCCUGAAGAAACACAACUCAGAUUUGAUUUUUAUUAUCGUUUUCUUUGCAUUUAUUUGAACCACAGUGGGUACAGUUUAAACAAUCUAGAAUAGUAUGAGAUGUUAUUAGUAGGGAUCUGUUACUUGACAGCUGUUUUGAGUUCUUAUCACAGAAGCAGCUGAGUCACAGCAUCACUGCAGCAAAUACAAUUAGAUAAAACACGCAACAUGAAGGCAUAUUUGACUUGCUUUAGCAAAUGAACUAUAGACUUGUGAGUCACCGAAGACAGUGGCUCCUUAUAUGCAUGCAUCAGAGCGGAACAGGAUCAUGUUAUACACAUCAUACUGGAUAUUAAGCAUACACUGAAGGCUCUAACACCUGAGGUCAUAAAAAAACAUCCAGGAAAUAGAGAACAAUAAUUUGUCAUAAAAAUUAGAGUUGCAGUAUUCAUGCAAAAUGAAAAACUGUUUCAACAUAUUUGUUUGUAUGUGAAUGCUGUAGUUACUGAAUAAUUGAAUAGCAAAAGCAUUAACAGAGGGAAUUUAUCUAACUUUUUUCAUAGCAGAUCUCCGAAAGAUAUUUCACUAUUUUUUAUACCAUUUUUCAUCUAAUAUGGAAUAAAUAACAAACAUUGAUGCAAGGAAAUGCAUAAAUUAUACAAACCAUUCAUAAACCAAUUCAUACUUUAGGUGUAAGCAGUCACUGCUAGAUGGUCACCAAACUAAGUAGAUCAAUCUUUCUAUAUUCAAAAACAAAUGUAAAGUUUGUAAGAUUUAAGUAGUAUUGCUUGUACUUACAGCAAGCAAAAUCUAAUUUUAAAUUAAGCAACACAUGUUGUUCUUUCACAAAGGCUAGCUGACAAGAAUUUUUACAUACUUCUUGCAUGCAUACUCAACUCCAUACUAAAGCUCUUCCUUCCCCACCACUAGUUUUUUAUUUCUGCAUCUAAGUACAAAUCCAGCUGAACUACAGAAAUCAAUGCACAAAGUCAUCAUAGAGCAAUUAUUUGGAAUUUCACGAUCUUCAAAAUGACCUGAAUGAAAGAGCAACAAAGAUAUUGUAUCUAAAAUCCAUGUACCAAAUCCAAAUAAGGCAGUUUCUCCUGGACCCAAAGGUACUCUAACUCUGUACAAUGCAGCUGAAAUUAUUAAGAUAGCUGUGAUUACAUAAUGUUUUUAAAUUAGGAAAGAAAAGUUUCCUGUUGAGUUCUUCAAGGGAAAUAAGCAGCAUCAGUAGAGUGCAUUUAUUUGCGUCAUAGAUUUUCUGCCUGCCUGCUUAAACAAAAACUGGUUCUUACCAUAUGUAACUCCAUGAAGAGAUGUUUUGGCUGUGUAUUAUUUAUCCAGAUAGAAGUUAGCCAACUUAGUGUCUUCAGUCAGAAUUCCUGCCAGACUUUUUUUUUAAGCUGCAGGAGAAAUGUCCCUCAUUCAUCACUCUCUGUGACUUCACAAGCUUAGUCUUUUUGUUUUUAACAUACAUUUCUAUAUACCUGAUUUAAUGCUUGCAAUAGAUCAUUGCUUCCCCUUCUUUUUAAUAUACUGUUCUGUAUCCAUUGAAUUCUUUGUUGAAAACUAUCUUAGAAGCCAUCUCAGUAGCACUUGCUGGGAAUACUGAGGCUUUUUUCUUGAUUUCACAGAUGUUAGGCAACAACUUUCCUGAAUUUAGUCUUGUUAAUGUCAACAAGAAGUAAUCAGAAGAGGAGGACGUACUUAGCAGUCUGUGUCCCCAAAUUCUUUGACAGAAAUAAGAUUGUGAAAAUACUGGCUCCAUACUUGAAGCCAGGACAGGUAUGAUUCUGUUUGUCCUCACCAAAAUCAACCUGUAUUGUAUUGUGCAGGGAAUCUGCAUCCUACACAAAAAAGCCACUUACUUUACUUCACUGGCAAAACCCAUCUUACAGCAUCUUCUGCUUUCUCAAAUACAUCACAAGCACUUCUUGCUCUGCAUUACAUUUUAGUGCCACAAGGAGAGACUGAUCAAUUGCUACUAAAAUGUGCUGGAGGAUGUGAUUUGAUGCCUUUUCCAAGCAGGGAAUUCUGAAUGUGAUCAGUCAGUUUAUGCUCAGAUCCAGACUGCUAUCUUUUCAGCUGGUAAUGUGCUGCACUACUUGCUUUUUCGAAGGAAAAAAAAAAUGUGUUGCAGAGAAUUGCUAGAUGUAUGGCCUGCUAAAUUCUUACUGUCAUCAGCAAUUACAGCUUUCCAGACCAAAAUAAUUAUUCAAUUCAAAGUUUAGUGAAGGAUUGCAAAGGGGUUGCAAUUGAAGGGGUUACUUCACUGACACACUGAGAAUUGCUCCGAAAAAUCUGUUUGUAGUACACACAAGUUCCUGUAGCAUAUUGUUAAAAUAAUGUAGCAUCUUGGUUUCGCAAUGGGUUGUUUAUUUCUGCUUAACUUUUCAAAUAGGGAAAUCAAACAGAAGGGUAUAAAUUGCUCCAAAAGCAAUGCCUACUAUUUAUUUCCAUGAAAAAGACAACAAAGAGUACAGUAAGACAAUUUGAUAGAGCAAAUGCUCAGAUACAGGACACUGUUCUUCAACACCAUUAGCCGAUUCGUGCAGAUGGACUGGUGAGGACACUUCAUCUUGUGGUAUGACAGCUGAGCAUGGCCAUCCAAAAUAGGGCUUGUUUUUCAUACUGCUGUCACUGCUGCUGAAAUGCACCACCCACUGUCUCACUGUGCUCACAUCCUCGCCUGGGUCUUCAGAACAUUCAGUAAGUGUCAAUGAACAUCAGUGGGUUUCAAUUCAAUCAAUCAAUUCUUUCUGCAUGGAGGAAUUCAAUUCCACACCUUUGCUUCAUAGUCAAUUCCUUACCAGACUUCUUUUUUUUUCAAACUGCCCCUGACUGCUGCCAUCUGUCACACAGCAACAGAAUGUAACAGAUUAUUGGUGGGAAGGUUCAAUUUCUGCCAUCCCACCAUCAUCUGCCUGACAUUGUGGGCCAGCAUAAUAAAAUGGGAGGCAUUACUUUCAGAGCAUGCUUUGUAGUAAUGCCUUUUUGUCUGUAGGGUAAAUUCAUAGAAGACUGCAGGCCUUAGACCACUGAGCUGAAGAUCUCCUUAGAGAUAAUAAGCACUCUUCCCUGUUGCCAGGUGAUGUUUAUGAAUGAUUAUUUACAAAAAUCUUCAACAGACCCAAGAAGCAAUAUUAUUUAAUUAAUUUAUAUUAAGUAACAACAAGUUCCUUUUUUCCUUCUAGAAUGUUUCCCUCAUUAAAGCUAAGAUUGAGAUCAGCUUUUUCAGGCAGGCUACUCUCGGGACAGGUUCCCCCACCUCUUAUUUACAGUGAAUGGCUGAGGCUCUCAGUGGCUGUUAACUCAGCAUGCAUCCGAAGAUCAAACCUGAGACAUAUUAUCGAUAAUGAAUGAAAAGUACACGGUUGUUUCAAACAAAAACAAGUAAGUUGUAUUUUCUUAGUUGAGUUUAAAAUAUUUAUUUACUCCUAUUAUGUAUAAGCGUAGUAUUUUAUUUCUGAACAGUUCCAUUCACUAUGUGUAGGCAGGUGACUACUCUCGGUAUUGUUCUUGAUAUAGUACUUGAAAAAACAUUUAAGAUUAAUUUCUAUGCUUUACAGCUUAUGCCAUACUUGCGUACUUAGACUGGUCUAUAAAGAACAUUGUUUAAGCUUUUAGCAGUUUCAGUUUUGGGGGCUGUUUCUUUUCUUUUGUUGUUUGUUCAGUUUGUUUGUUUCGAGAUAGCUGAUAUCUUACUGGAACCUAGUGUUAAUAAAGUAUGAACGAUUUUCAGGAAGAUACUGCCCAUCAUUAUCUUUAAGAACCAUAUUCAUUAGUAUCAGACAAAUGUGUUAUUUUUAUCACAUGCAUACAAGGGUUAAUGUGACAAUUAGAGAUUUUGCUGUAUGCACUAAUGCCACUGUGUGAGCAGAAUUGGAAAGAAAGCAAUGUUGAAGAAAUUAAAAAAUAUGUCAACAAAUUGCUGUUUGACCAGAAAGGUUCACUAACUUCUGUCCUCACAUUUCUAGAAUAUUACUCAUUCUCAGGCAUUAGUGAGGGUAUCAAUACAGAUCUUUUUACUAACUGUAAAUGUAUCUGUCUGAAUGCUGCAGUUUAAAUAAGAAUGCCACAUUAUACAUAUUAACUCUAUUGCUUUUUUCCACUGGCAACCAUGAAGGAAAUGUCUUAAGAAAACUUGUUCACUGGCCAAAAUAACAUCAAAGGCCUCGUUACCAGUUAAAACUUUUGUUUUACUGAGAAACAAGGUUUUCAAUUUAAAAAUCUGAAAUGGAAACAGGUUAGAAUAUAGGAGAAAUGCACUAGUAUUAAUGAACUUUUUACAUUUGACACAUACUGUAUUACAAAGACAAUAUCCUUGCAAGAGCAUUAAUUGCUGGGCCAUAGGUGACUUCAGUCUAGUUUACUAAAGUAGCUAAUAAAACUUGUAUAGAGAGCCUUUUAUAGAUAAUGCUUACAUGUAUGAAAAUGUAUGACACCCUUGUACUAUGGCUUGCACUUUACUUGCAUUAAACUGUGAAGUAGGCUGUAGUAAUGUCUUUGUAUAUUCAGGGGUUGAAAUACCAAAGCACUAGAGUAUUGUACUGCUGGUGUUCAACCUGUACUGUUAAUUAAAUCUGAACGUGCUGAUAACAUGUACUUUGAAAACCCCACUAACUUAAAAUCUUUAGCAAAUAAUGCUAUGGGGUCUCCAUGGUCUUUGUUUCUUUGUAAAUAUAAACAUUCUUACUGUUUCUGUAGCAAUAGGAGGUUAUAAACCAAACUUUCAAUAGGACUGUUUUCAAUAACAAAAAAAUCUAUAGCGCCUUGUAUAAAACUCAUGGAGACUCCAUGACCUGUGGGCAUUUUUUGUUUACAAGCAGUAUGUAUAUAAGUAUUAGCGGCAGAACUGUUAUUUAUCACAAAGUUAUGUUGUGGUUGAUUCUUUCUAAAGUAAAUAUGUGUUUUAUGUCAUGAAAAAUAAGUAUUUUUAGUAAGAGCCAUCUUGAAAAGUUUGAAGCGUCAAAGCUUCAAAUACUCAGAAUCUUCCAUGUAUCAGCCUUGUUUUUCCAAACAACUGUGAGAUGAACUGAGAGGUCACGGUAAACCAUCUGUCCAUGCCAGGGAAGGUGUCUGAGUUGUAUCACAGUUUAUGACAUCCUGCAACUUUUCUCUACUUGCCAUCUUGCUUAAGCGCUUUUAUGAGCAGAUGCUCUACCGAUAUCAUAGUAAAGUCCUUCAGCUCAAUGAACACAGAGAGAAAACUGCUCUAACUGGACGCAUACAGGUUAGGCUAGGUUUCAACCCCUGGAUAAUACAGUAUUCUUUGGUUUCACAACAGUAUUUUUAAUUUUAUACUUGUCUAUGUUGAGAGAUGAUCCAAUAGUUUAUAUAGGCAGUGAACGUUAGGUUUCUUUUUUUCCUCUUCUCAGAUGACUUCUGUGUGAACUACUGUAACUGGCUGCGUUUUUCUAUCACAGAUUAACUUGUUAACUUUUUGUGUGUCUACAAUGAAAAUUUAUGAAUGGAAAACUUCACUGUGUGUUGCUCACUGGGCAUAUACCUCAUGGUACAUUGCACAGACGUGUAAGUUGUAAGUUGCACUGCAACAUUAAAAAAGGAACAUAUUGCUCUUUUU